AUGAUCAUCCGCCAACAAAACCUCGACUACACCACCGCCGUAUCCAAAGGCCACGUCCUACUGACUCUGAUGCGCGCAACCGACCACGAAGCCGCCCUCCUCCUCAACUCCCCUCUUCAAACCGCCCAAACCACCUUCCUCUCCCCCUCCGCCCUUUCCCACUGGGGCUACGAAAGAACCCCCUUCACCCUCCCCUCCUCCUCCCCCCUCUACCCCCUCCAACACUCCCUCGGCGUAUCCCCUUCCACAAACACACCAAUCGGACACUCGCACCUCGACUCCGGCGUGAGAAACGGCAUCUACGUACCCGUUACGUGGGCGAAAUUCAACACCGUGAUCAACGGGGCGGCGGGAAUGAUUGUAGCUGUCGAUAACGAGUCGCCCAGUCAGAUUCUCUUACGCGAGGGCUGCGAGAAAGGGGGAAAAGGGAGAGGAGGCGCAUUGCCCGAGUUACGGUAUUGGUCCGACGUCGUGUUUCUCCAGUGGCAGAUUAUCGCGGGGGGGAAUGCGAAUUUACGGUUUGUGGUUCGGCUGGGGAUUACGAAUGCGGCUACGCUUGAUAUUCUGGGGCGUGUUUUGAGGAAAGAUGGGGUUGUGGAUGAGGAGAGGACGGUGGGUCUGGAGAGGAAUGUGGUUUGGAGAGUACAGGAGGAUGAGGAGAGUGUAGCGGCGAUUCUGGGAACGCCGAAUGGGAGUGGGGUGGCGAGGUUGCUGAUGCAUCAUAAGAGAGAGUUGGGGCAUAAGGUUGUGGAGGAGGUGCGGUUGGUGGGGUGGAAGGGGGAGGGGGUUGGGGAGCCGAGUUUGGUGUUUAGGAUUGGAAAUGUGUAUGGGGAGGGGGAUGGGGGAAGUCAGGAGACGGUUAGGGGUGGGAGUGUUUUGUGA